UUAGCUAUUAACUCAAUUAUUAUCGCCAAACUAACAAAAUACAAUUUAUUCCUUUUGCACAAUCAUAAAAACCUCGUUAUAGAUGGCCAACCAAUGGGCUAUUCACCCAAGUAUAAUAACUUUAAACCACCAAGUGGGUACAAAAGAACUAAGAAUAGUAGUAAAAACAACGAAUUUAGCCAAAAGGUGGCAAAUGAUAAUAACGUUGCAAACCAAGAUGCAGCGAUCUCAUUUAGAGGUGAAACCUUUAACAAUAAUGGAUUUGCUGAAGGAGCUCAUGCAGUAAAGAGUAGUAAUAGCAGCUCAGAAAAUUCUAAGACAAGUGGCUACAAAGAACUUCGGAGCUAUAUCCAGGAGGGAUAUGAUAGCUCCUUGACCACGGAGUCAAUGCCUAUCCCUACUGAUGAACUUUGCUCUGAUAUCUACUCAGAGGCAUCAUCUUGUUUGCGAGAAGAAGAGGAAGGAAUUGCUCACAAGCCGAACAUCUUCCAAAACUAUCAAACUCUUCCUAACAGUGAGAAGAAGACUGCUAAUGACUCAGACCAUUACUCUAACCCGGUAACACCAGGUAAAGAAAUUAGAGGAGAUAUUGAAACUCUUGGAGUGGAAAUCGACUCCUCAUGGGAAGUUGUUGAGCAGAGCUCAAUCGUCAUCGAGGUCGGUUCAUCAUACAGAGAUAGUGUCGACUCCUAUAAGAAGAAUCCUAUUACAAAGGCAAUGACUCCAGAACUUGACCCAGAGUUCGAGGUGCUAAAAUCUUCUGAGUCAAAGACAGCUACCUUUACUUCUAAUAAUGGGGGUAUUAAUAACAGAAUUGAGGAGAGCAAAUCAGUAAGAAAUCAUGAUGAAAAUCCAAACAGUCAAAAGCCAUUCCAGUACGGAGAUUAUAACUCAGAGGAAGACGAUUUUAACUCUGAGGAAGAGUUUAGCGCACAAGAGAGUAAUAAUGGCUCACAAUGGGCUCCUAGCAAUCCAGUCAAGUCAGUUGUUCCUCCAAAAGCUGACCAUAUUAAUCCAGAAAGUAGCUCUAAAAAGAGUAGUAAUAAGACCAGUGAGAAAGAUAAUGGUUGGAUUGGUGAAACUCGGUCUGUAAAGUCUCUUAUGCCCCAUAACACAAACGAAUCAGGAAGUUCAAACAAGUUUGAGUCGAUGUCAACUCAUACCUCACCACAGUUCCAAGCUCACCCAAAACUGAUGAAAAAGAAAGCCAAGAAGACUAACAAAAAGAACGGUUAUGUCAGCAAGAAAGAUUUCAAAAACUUCAUAUCAGAGACCAAGAAAAACGUUGAAGACAGAAGUGUAUCUAAAAGAAGAAAAUAAAUGGAAAUCUCCUCUUAGAAUAGUCGAUAGGCUCCUAGAAGACGCCAAUGAGAGACUUAAGAAUAAGAAGAAAUUAGAGAAGUUUGGAAGAGAUCCAUCUGUAGCGAAGACAGUUAAUGAAUGGAAUGGUACACUUCGGAACAAGUCUGCUCAGCCCACUCGGAAGUUAGGCACAAGGUCUCGGAUUGAUUCUACUAGUAGCUACAGAUCUGGAAAUAGUCAAUAUAGGUCAAUAAAUUCCAACUGAAGUUCCAGGAACCAGAGUAAGGAUCGUAAAUUGAGCGCACAAAGGGUGAAAGAAAUGAUGCAAAGGUUCGAGGUUCAAGAGAAAAUGAAGCAAGAGAUAUUAGAACGAGAGCGUCAAUUAAAGCGAAUAGAAGCCCAUCAAGCAGAGACACAAGAGCUUAAUAAUAACAUCCACAAAAAGUACCUCCGAACCAAAUAUAAAGAGAAGUAUGGAACUUCUAAAUGGCAUCGUGAGAACUCUGAGGAAAUGACUGAGAAAAUGUACAAGAGAGCUUUUGAAAAGAAGGAAAAGUUUGAAAAGAUUGAACAACAGAAAGCAGAAAAAACUGAAAAAGAUCUUAAAGGGCUCUUUCGACCCAAAAUUCUUAAAAGUGUAGAAUCAUGGGAGAAUCUUAAAAGAAAUGAGAAGAAAAUUGAUUCUAGAAUAAAGAAAAAGGAGCAAAACAGAAUUAAACAAACCCAAAACGCUGUUUCCAGACAGACCCAAAGGUUCAGAGAUGACAACGAGAAUACAGUUUUCUCUCGUAUGCAACGAGAUCUUGAAGAGCGAAGAGAAAGAGAACGCAAAAGAAGACAGUUGAAGAAAUUCAAGGAUAAACAUUUUAAGGAAUACACUGAAAUCAUGGAGAAUGGCAUCCCUGACCACCCACAAAACCCAGAUACAGAUGCCUGCCACCAGUGCGAACACCAUCGGGAGGCAGGAUCAGACCAAGAUCUGAGUGAGAUCAUUGAGAAAAGUGAACGAAAUGAAUCCGCUUUCUAUCAUCAUUAAUCAAUCAACCUAAAACUA